AUGUCACUAAAGGUAUUGGUAGCAAGCUUCUUGCAGCGACACCUAGUGCUUGCUAUAUUCCUUAUCAUAUCAUCUAUAAUAGCAGCAACUGUGUAUGAUAUCACCGGUGGUGGAAAGCCUAAAGCAUCAGUCUAUGAUGCACCAGCACUUAACACUGUAGACCUAGAAGGCCCAGACCGACCACGUAGUCUCUGGACUGAUGAAGAGUUUGAGUGUUUAGGCUGGCGUGCGACCCACAACUGUGAUCCAUACGGACCACGUGACGAAACAAGAGAUCGCGAAUGUGGUGAGCCCAUGCCGCGCUCUAGCGGCUUUUGUGAGGUGCGUAAUCGUACGAGCGGUGAGACGUUCCGCGUCAUGUUGGCCACGUGCAAGAGCUGGCAGUGGUAUCUAGUACCUUCACUCUCGUGUAACGACGCUAGAAAUUUUACAGACUUUAGUAUCAACGCUGCACAAUACGCGCAUCCACCAUUUGAUUUGCCGUCAAACAAAAGUCCAGAAGAGGAUGCAGCAGAUAGAAGAGGUAUUGUCAUGAUUGCCUAUCCCAAGGUCGUCGCGGGACUGUAUGCAAUUGUUCGAACAUUGAGAUUACUAGGAUGUGCAUUGCCAGUGGAAGUGUGGAUUGACUUGACAGAGAUGAAAGCAAACCAUUCCGUGUUGGUGGAAUUAGUCAAGCAUUACAAUGUAAUGGUGAGAGUCAUUCAAGAUCCCAAUGCAUCGAAAUUUCACGCAAAACCUUACGCAAUCUAUCACUCAAGGUUUGAGAGCGUGCUAUGGUUAGACUCUGAUAAUAUUCCAGUCCGAGAUCCAACGUAUUUGUUUGAACUACCAGAGUUUGUCAAGUAUGGAGCGAUCUUCUGGCCAGACUUUUGGAGACCUGCGAUCGACACGCCAUUCAAUGUACAGCAGCAGAGCGCACUGUGGACGCUGCUGGAUAUGCCGUUUACCGAUAUGUUUGAGCAGGAAAGUGGUCAAUUGCUGGUAAACCGCUCGCGAUCACAAUGCGCACUCUCAAAGCUCAUGUUUUACUCGUCACAUUUGCCGCGGUUGAUUACGGAUUGGCAACUUGUGUGGGGUGACAAAGAUUUGUUUCGUCUAGCGUGGCUUAAUACGUCCACUCCUUUCUAUAUGGUGCAGCAUCUUGUAGCUCUUGGUGGAGUGUACGACGCGGGCGAAGACUUUUUCUGCGGUGUCUCUAUGAUUCAGCGUGAUCCAGUGGGUGACAUUAUAUUCAUGCAUCGUAAUCAAGCGAAAAUUACAGGACGUCGCGAUCAAAAGCCGGCGAUCACACAUUUGCAGAAGUUUACGGGUGGUGAUGGUACUGCAGCUUCGCUUACAUGGGAUUUGGAUAAGUACCGGGUGCAGUGCAAAAUGCGUCGACUUGGACACUACACGUGUUUCAUGAUGAAUCCGCGCGCUCCUGACGGCAGUGACACUCCAACACUGACUCUCAGUCUCGAGAAUACAAAGUACAUGACAAUAGAGCAGCAUGCUGUCGGCUUUUCGAUUGAAGGUCGCAGGCUCUUCAAUAAAGAAGAAGAGACAGAGGUAGCGAAAAUGGAGGCCGAAGCGCAAGCAACGCAGGAUAAGGAGACUGCCAUAAUUAUUACAUCUCGUAAACGAUCCGAGAACCAUAUGCGUGGAUUGUUUGGCAUCACUAUAGUCGCCGCAUUAGGCCUAUGGCUGCGGUGGCAAUGGAUACGGUGGUGCAGGAAGAGCCGACCGAAGCUCGAUACGAAAAAAACGUCCGUGCCAUUAUCAGCUGAGCCUUCGCGAUCUCACGUAGCCUUGGCAAUAGAUCCUGCAUUUUUUGAAACAUCUGGGUCGUCCUCUGCCGUGUUUUCAGGGACAUCAUACAGUUCUCGUCGGCGUAACUCUUCCUUUCACCUUGACAAUGAAUGA